AUGAAAAGCAGUCAUAAAAGACCUUUUAGUGGAAAACAAAAAAAACAGCAACUAAGUGAAAGAAGAGAAAGAAAGAGAGAAGUGUCAGAAAAAGAAACUGAGAAAAACGUUCAAACAGAAGAAGAAUUAGUGUCUAAAACAAAAACAAAAUUGAAAGAACAAAUUUUUGCAACAAAAAGAGAUUUAAGACCAAAACUUCUUGGAAUGGAAACUAAAGAAGAAAUUGAUGAACGUAAGAAAUUAGCAGAUUUCCCAAUAGACUUAACAAAACGAGUAAAUGGAAGAGCUAUUCCAUUGUUUGAUAUAACUGGUGAAGAACUUGACAUUAUCACUCGACCACCAUGGAACUAUAGUAUGACUGCUGAAGAAUUAGAUCAAAAUGAAAAAGUGAUUUUUGAAGAAUGGAUAACAAAAAUUAUUGAUGAACAUCCCAAAAAUAUAAAUUAUUUUGAAAGUAACUUAGAGACAUGGAGGCAAUUAUGGAGAGUUGUUGAACGGUCUCAAGUUGUUUUAAUGAUAGUUGAUGUUAGAUUUGGAUGUAUUCAAUUUAACAGAAAAGUUGCAGAAUGGAUUAAAAGCUUAAAUAAAGGAUUUGGGGUGAUAUUGAACAAGAGUGAUUUAGUUGAUGAAAAGAUUGUAUUAGAAUGGCAAGAAUACUUUUUAAAAAAAUUUGGAGUUAAAACUCUUUAUGUAAAAACAAAUCAAGCAAUUGAAGGAAGGACUGAAGACUGGGAUCUCGAAAGUAUUAGAAAUGAAAAGAAGAAAGAAGGAGGUGAAAAGAGUUAUGUUAAAACAACACUACAAGAUUUUGAAAAUUUUGUAAUGGAAUUAAAACCAUCUAAAGAAAUAAAAGAAGAAGAAAAACCAAUUGAACAAGAAGAAGAUUCAAAAAAGAUAAAACCUAAAGAAAAGAAAUUAGUUGUUGGUUUAAUUGGAAAUCCUAACGUUGGAAAAUCAUCACUUUUAAAUUGGCUUGUUGGUAAGAAAGUUACUUCUGUCUCAUCUCAUCCCGGGAGAACAAAGUAUCUUCAAACGUAUAAUAUGAAUAAACAUAUUACUCUUGCUGACUGUCCAGGAAUGAUGUUUCCAAUGAUAAAUCAAUCUCAAUUGAUUCAAGUGAUUUGUGGAAUUUAUCCAUUAAGUCAACUAAGAGAACCAUAUAGUAUUGUAAGAUUUUUCUUAGAAAGAUUACCACUUGAUAAAAUAUAUUCAAUUGAACUAACCCCAAAUAUGACAGUAAUGGAAUUUGUUGAAGCAUAUGCACAGAAAAAGAAUUAUAUCACAGGAAAAGCUGGAAGACUUGACACUCACAAAGCAGCAAGAGAAAUACUAACAGAUUGUAUAAGAGGGAGGAUAGUAUUUAUGUUUGAACCACCAAAGUUAGAAUAA